CAUAAACUCCACUCUGAUUUAAGUGGAUUUGCUGAGAUUUGAUUUGAGGGAGAUUUGUUAACGUUUAACAGCAAUACUGAACUCAAUUACUAUAAUGUGGUCUGUUUAACGCGCAGAGUCAUUUGAGACCCAUAACAAGCUGGAAAGUAUAUCUCGUGGUUUCAUUGAUUGAGAAAAGCGAAAUCUCUGUAAAAUGGGUUAAACGUGAAACUAGUGAUGAGGUGAAGGCUGUAAGGGUUUAGAGUAUGCAGGAGAGAGAAGGGAGAAAAUAGUGGGGGAAGUGAGUGACACAGAUGAGAUGUGCAAUUGUGCAUGCUGUUAAUAGCACGCGCCGUGAAUAGCUCUCGCAGGGGAGCAACCCGAUGUGCAUCUUUCCAGAAAGAUGCAGUCUGGAUGCCAGAUAAAUAGGUCUCAUCCUUCACAGACAGACUGCAUCUUCUAGAUUCAAAAUAUGAUCUCAAUAUAUAAAUAGACUUUAAAAGGAGCAGUCAUAAAACCGAGCAGCAAUGAUAUAUUUCGCUCGUGCACAAUUCAGGUGGAACGCCGAGAGACAUGAGUAAUAUUUGUGAGGCAUUAUGCAACGUAAACCGUCGUUAGUAUCCGCCCUUGAACAGAUAAACAGGGGACAAAUAGGUGACGGGACCUUCUUGUGGUGAGCCCGGCCGAUCUGAGACUCAAACCUCACCCCUCCCAACCUCCCAGCUCUUCGCACAGCCGCAGUCGGUGGAUCAGUGCUCGUGCAGAAGGUGAAGAGCCGCGAACGCUGCUGGCUGUAACACACCGCAAGAAAGCAGCGAUUCUCCGGCCGGGCGUCAUCGCAUCCGCAUCCUCCGUUCAUUCAUUCACCUGCGAACAGCGCUGCCAAUGAUCACAAUGGAAAAGCAACAAGGGCGUAAAAACAUCUAAAAAGGCUCCUCUCCUCCAAGAGACAAGACAGGAGGCAAAAUGAGCGAGGAGCUGCCAGUUUCCCCCAGCUGGCUGGACCAAGAACCCACCUGGGGCAAUAGUGGUGCAGGAAGCACAGAGAACUUCACCGUCGGAAUGUACCCACCUGCAGUCGUACUGCCAGCGAGGCCACCUGCUGAGCUUCUCGUUAAUCCGUGGGACAUCGUGCUGUGUUCUUCCGGUACCCUGAUAGCCUGCGAGAAUGCCCUGGUUGUUCUGGUUAUCUGGCAGAACCCGGCUUUGCGCGCCCCCAUGUUUUUGCUGAUUGGCAGCCUGGCUCUCGCUGACCUACUUGCCGGCCUGGGAUUAGUCCUGCACUUUACAUUUGCGUACCUGCUGCGCUCGGACUCGGCACAGCUCUUGACUGUAGGUCUGGUGGUGGCCUCCUUCUCUGCGUCUGUCUUCAGCUUACUAGCAAUUACCAUCGACCGUUACCUGUCGCUGUACUAUGCCCUCACCUACAACUCCGAACGGACCGCUGCCUUCACAUAUACAAUGCUUGUGCUUCUGUGGGGGGUGUCGUUGUGCCUGGGCUUGCUGCCUGUUACCGGUGUAAACUGCCUAGGGCAGGAGGCCAACUGCAGCGUGGUGUGGCCGCUGACAAAAAACAACGUCGCUGUCCUGUCUGUUUCGUUCCUUCUGCUGUUUGGCCUCAUGCUUCAGCUUUACGUGCAGAUCUGCAAAAUCGUCAUGCGACAUGCACAUCAAAUUGCCCUGCAGCAUCACUUUUUGGCCGCGAGUCCCCAUUACGUCACUACGCGGAAAGGCGUCUCCACCCUGGCGAUCAUUCUGGGCACGUUUGCCGCCUGCUGGAUGCCAUUUACCGUGUACUCGCUUGUAGCUGAUUACACGUACCCACCCUUGUACACCUACGCCACUCUGGUGCCCGCCACCUAUAACUCUGUCAUCAACCCUGUUAUUUACGCCUUCCGCAAUCAAGAGAUCCAAAAAGCACUCUGGCUGGUGUGCUGCGGUUGUAUCCCUGCCAGCGUGGCCCACCGGGCACGGACCCCAAGUGAUGUCUGAUGCAGGAGACGUCUCUGGGCACAGAUACUAAAGCUGGAAGCCUAGGGAAUAGCAGCACAGGCCCGGUCACCUAUAGGCUACAGAGAUUCCCAAAUCCAAGCCCUGGGAGAAAGGGGCACCCGUUACUGUCUUCCUCUGACAACCACUGCCACACAACCUUUCGCCUGGUCCGACCAGCUGCCACACGCUGUCCGGAAAAAAACAGGAUUGGAUGCUGUGUGGCAGGCAGCUGUAAAUAUGUUGUAGAUUUUCUUGUGGUUGUUUAGCUUGGCCACAGUGGCAGCCCUUGUUGCCCGGGGGGUGGCAGCACCAGACGGUCCUCCUGACUGGAUCCAGAAGCUCAUUCAUCUCGUCCUGCUGUUGCUGCAUCCAAGAACGUGCGCUGAACGUUAAGUAACUGCGGAGUGCUAAAAAUAGACAAGGCGCUCGGUGAUGCGCGCCGCGCGUCCUCAGAAGAAACCCACCUGGAGAGAGAGGCGCCCUCUCUCCUCCGUCACAUCACUUUCAUUUCCAACGCGAGCGUGCCCGAAUGUAAAAUGUCCUCCAAAGCCGAAAACCACGAAGAGCUAACUACAAUCUCAGAAUGAGAUCCACUCUAUAAAGCGAACCCACCGAUGCCUUUGUUUGUUAUGAAAGUUUAACUGGCAAUCGUUUUUCUGUCAUCCGCAUGCUCUUCCAUAAAUGCGAGAGGAAAACGACAGGGAAGCGGGAGAAAGUGUGUGUAUGUUAAUUGAAACAACCCUCCCUUUUGAUAGGCUUACUUCAAAGGACCGUUGAGUACAAAACGCGCAUUAAGCGGACGAUAAGAAGCUUGUUUAUAUGCGGCGACAUGGAAGAUGGAAGCGAAUGUAUUUUCUAAUGAUUUGCUUUUGAUUGACAUAGUGUCCACAAUGCUCUGAAUAGAGCUUUACUCUUUUUAUUAGGUUUAGUUGAUAAUAAUGACUAUUGGAUGGAGGGUACACAAUGGUUAUUAAUAGCAUUUUACUUGAAAAUGCAUGUGUUGUAUUUGUAAAGACCGAUGAUUUGGCAAAACAUCUGACAAAGCAGUAGGAGUGUUUUUAUUUCGUUUUUAAAGUCCAGCAAAUCUUACAAAAACUACCAAAAGCACGCCUGUGGCUGAUCCACCCCAAAAUUAAAAGAAAAAAUAUGCACACUAUUUUUGUUGCAGCCUUGAGUUAAGUGCACUCAACUUUCAGAUUUUUUACAUAUUUAUAUUGUCUUUACAUUACUUUUAUUAAUUCAAAUAAGUCAAGCUUUUACAACUUUCUUAGUUAAAACAACUAAACCACUUGAAAAACUUUUGAUUGUAUUUAAAGGAACAGUUCACCCAAAAAUGAAAAUUCUGUCAUCAUUUACUCACACUCUUGUCAUUUCGAACCUGUAUGACUUUCUUCUGCAGAACACAAAAGAAGAUAUUUUGAAGAAUGUUGGUAACAAUGGCGGUACGCAAUGACUUGCAUUGGUUUUGUGUCCAUACAAUAGAAGUGAAUGUCGGUCACCAACAUUCUACGAAAUAUCUUCUUUUUUUGUGUUCAGCUGAAGAAAGAAAGUCAUACACGAGACUUAAUUGUUGUGAAAAUAAUGUAAAAGAAAGAAGCAAAAUCUAUUUCAGUUACUUUAUGCGAAAUAUGAUUUCAUAUUUUUUUCUUUCAUUCUGGGGUGAAGUACGAAUCAAGCAUGCUUCUGUAAGAACUGCCACACAUACAUACAAGCAUAAGCCCUGCGUACAGUUUUCGUAAAUGUGAUUGUUUGUAAGUUGGUGAAUCUCCUCAGUUCUUUUCCACAAGACUUUAAUGAGCAGAACCGCUGUGUGACCUGGCAAACCUAUGAUCGUGACGAAUGUCUGUCGUGACCUUUUUCACAUAUAUACUCGAUUCACAGCUGAAGCUGUAGUCACCCUACUAUUAAGAGCUAACGUUCACCCCUGCUUUUGAGCGUCUGCCCUCUAAAUGCCAACCAGCCAAUAUCCAUUUCAGUGCUGUGGCAGACUCCAUCAGCAAGCAAUAACUACCGACCAAGUGUUUCAUCAAAUUUCAGCAAUACUCUGGCAGCAAUAACAGCCUUGCCCAAGCAAAACACAACACCUCAGCUAGCCGAAAAACAUCUACACGACCAUGGCGAAACACGCAAGAAAAUAAUUCCAAGAAUGUCUGACAACUGCUUUGCGAUAUAACCCGAGUGAAUUUGGGAUUAGAAAAAACGGCCAGAUGUCCAAAUCCCUGUCCAUAAUCUCACUGCCUCCUGUCCCAGAAGGUGUCUGUCCUCUGCCUGUGGUCAUUUACGAUAUCUACGGAUUAAGUCUUUCUGUACACUCGAUGUGACCUACACUUUCUGUAUGCGUUAGCUUUUGUGAACCUUAGAAAUGUUUAGAACGUGUGAGGUACGUGUUCAUAUUAUACGUAUGCGACUGAGACGUGACUGUGCAUGUAUGUGUGUGCGUGUGAAUGCAUGCAUGUAUGUUAGUGGGGGUAAUAAGGUAUAUUCUCCAUAGACCUGCAUGGACUAGAGUGGCUACCAAUGAUUUUGAAAGAGGUGCCCUCUUUACAUCGUGCCUAUGGGUCGGACACACCCCUUGUGACCUUUUUGCCUGAGUAACCUCUGGAAAAAUGUAUUGAAACAGCACACGUCGAGCGGGUGUGCCACUAGGGUUAAAGGGAUAGUUCACCUAAAAAUGAGAAGUCUGUCAUCGUUUAGUCACCUUUCUGUCAUUGUCAUUUAUGAUGCUCUUUGCAUAUAAUCUUCUUUUAGAGUUCAUGAAAGAAAGAAAAUGAACGACAGGCGUAAAUGAUGUCAUUUUUGGGAUGUGCUGUCCCUUUAAAAGUGUGUAGUAUAAAAGUGAUGCUUAUAACAACAGAUUGGCCUGCCGCAUUUGGCCACGUCAGGCUUCUUUGUGCCAACUCUGUGACCUUCGAGGAAUCAGUUAUUUUGCUAACUAAAAGUCUAUUUUCCCCCCAACCUUGACUCUUUCUGAAUUACUGAGAUUUUGUUUUAUAUUCUAAAGCGCUGUACAGCCUCUUCUGAAUGUACCGAUGAAGACGUUUUCAUCGUUCUGUUGCUAUAGCACCCUACCGUCUUGAUCUUGUAAAUAAGGCAUGUGGGUCACAUUUCAGUCCUAUGAAAUGACCUCUGCACACUGUCUGCUAUCGCCUGGGCAUGCUUGUCUACAGCGGGCGAGCCGUUUAUUCUGAACCGACCAGUAAAUUAUCACUGCAAUGGAAUUGGGGUUAGACCUGUCCGAAACAUCAUCUCUCCUUUUGUUUUGAAAAGAACUACAUAAAAGGAUGUUAUCAAGCUUCGUGCCUGUUUGACAUCAGUGGUGUCUCAGGUGGACUUUUGUCAAUUGUAACUUUGAUUUCAACAGAACGGUAUCCAACUUGAUCAUUGUGCUCUGUAAGCCAAUGUAAAAGCUUCACGAUAACUGAAUAAUGACUCUGGAGAGCGGGUUUGCCAGCGUUAAAGGCCUUGAAUAGGAGUGACUCCUAUUCCAGUUAAGUUUAUUUGGGGAAAUCAUGUGGGUCACACCUCUGGCUUUGUGUCUAAGAGUUGUAAGAUCCAAACUUGUUCUUCUCCAUAUUUGAAAUGGUAUCUUGAUCUGAGGGCCAGUACAUCGAUUUAAGCAUCUUGUGUUCACGUAUGCGUAGUUUUAACUGUGAAAUGCACUUUAUUUUUUAUGAGAAAGGCACAACAAAUUACUUAUCUGCAAAACAAUAUUAUAUAAAGUAUAACCAACAUGCACUAAUUAACUGAGACAUUGUAAAACAUUGUGUUAACGUGUUGUCUAUUUUUCCAAGGUGUUAGUUGUAUACUUUUAUUGCUUUGGUUAGUUUAAUGAAUCAAGAGAUCUUGUUAAUUUUGUAUUAAAAGAAUGUGCUGUGCAUUAAAAAUAUCCUCCCCUGGGUUUAUUCACACUUGCACAUCAAUUGGCCGAGUGCCUCAAACCCACUGUUGCCAUGGCGAUCCAAGUCUCAGCUGUACUGUUUCCAUAGAGACACCAGGCUCUGAA